AAGUAAAGCUUUAAAAAAAAGAGUUAAAAAGAGAGAGCUCGUAAUUACAAAUUUCAUUAGAGAAGAACCUAUUGGUGUUGUGCAUUUUAGGUGUAUUCCGUGAACUUUUUUGUAACACAUAUAUUGUCAAAAUGAAAUCGUUAAUAUUUAUUUUGAUGUGUUUUUGGGGUUCUUUGAAAACCGAAAAUGUGCUGCAAAGUGUCAGCGAUGACGAUAUAUUACAAUUGAUCAAAGACUACGAAAAACUUAUUGUUUUCUUUACUAAAUUAGACUGUGAUAUUUGUAAUAAGUUCGAAAAUCAUUUAGACAGUCUACAAGAUGAUUUUGAAAAGCAUCUGAAUGCACCUACUGUAAAAGCAGUGAACAGUCAUUUAGCUAAGCUCUACAGUCCCAGUAAGGAACCAGCUAUAGUGUUUUUCAGACAUGGAAUACCCAUGUUGUAUAAUGGUGAAGCAGAUGAGACUGACAUUUACACAUUUUUAGAAACUAAUCAGUCACCUGCAGUUAAAGAACUAACAGAUAAAAUAUUUGAACAUAUAACACAAGCUGCCACAGGCGCUACAACUGGGGAUUGGUUUGUCAUGUUCUAUGGUGCCUCUUGUGUGGAAUGCCAAAGGUUACAUGCAGUUUGGGAAGGAGUGGGAGCAACAUUAAGAGGACGAAUCAAUGUGGCCCGUAUGGAUGCUAAUUUGGCAGGAGUCAACACUGCUAAGAGAUUUAAAGUUACAAAACUGCCAACUUUCCUCUUUUUCCGCCUGGGUAAAGUUUAUAAAUAUGAUUUGCCAAAAACUGAUAUAAAAUCAUUUGUAUCAUUUGCUCAAGAUUGGUACAAAAAUGCUAAAGGUGACAAAGUGCCAUUACUAUCUUCACCAUUUGAUGAAAUUGUUGACUGGUGUGUUGAAAUGAUUAGAUUUGGAGUAGAAGUAGGCUUAGACAUACUGGCAAAGUAUCCCUGGCUGUGGCAAAUAGGACUUGGUGGAUUUGGUUUAGUUGCCAUCACUGCACUCAUUGCUUUGCUCAAAGCAGGUCGAUCUAAACCUGUUAAAGAUACCAAGAAAGAAAAGAAGAGUAAAUAAUAUUAAUAUGCAGUUAUUUAAGAGAUAAGUCGGAAGUGAUGCAUUUAUAUUUAAUUAUUCUUUCUAAAAGUUGUACUGAAAGUUAUGAUGAUAGUAUUGUGAUUUCAAAUGGCCGAUUUUUCAUGAACUUAUCUGUCCGAUAAAUUAUUCCUUGGUCAACUUGAACUACUCUUCAUACUGUUCAUAUAUACGAAGGCAAAUGAAUAAAUUAUGUGUAAAAAUUCUAACAAGAAGGAUAAAUUUGUGGCUUUUGUUAGUCAAACAUAAGGACUCACUGAAUGUGGGCUCUCGGAUGAAACACCUGAAUUUUCAUAUUACUGUAUCUGACC